AUGAGCAUGGACGACGCUUUUAACACUACGGUCGAGAUCUUGAACGCCUCGACAGAGACGUUGACAAUGGAAAAGGUGCAGAGCUCUCUGGAAAGCAAAGAGUUGGAGCUCGUCGAUACGACAAUCAAGGGAGAAACCGCACAAUUCGCAGGUCGUGGCCGCAGUGCAUGGAACAAAGGGAACAACAGGUCCAAAGCACAGGAUGGUGGCGAUAAUAGCAAGGAGGAGGUGCUGUUUGGCCACAGACAUAAAAAGGUGUGGCGCUUGAGCCAGACAAGAGGGCACCGAGCCCAUACAAUCCAAGAAAAGGAUGGCGAUAACGGGGUAGCGCUGAAGUCAAUCCUGAAGAUGCCUGAAAGACUACUACAUGCUAGGCUGGGACACCCUGGAAAGCAUAUGGAGGGCAAACUGAACGCCGUAAUGGAUGAUCUCGGAGACAACUCAUUCUGCCCGUCAUUCUGCUCAAGCUGCACCGAGGCCAAAAUGACAAGAAAGGCUACCGGGCGAGUUUGGGUUUAUUUCUCUAGAGACAAAACGAGAAUUACCGACAAGAUCAAAGCCUGGGUAGUUGUUGCAGAGGCAGAGUGUCGCGAGUACGGAAAAGGCGAAAAGGUCAAGGCGAUGCGCUUUGAUCGCGGGAAGGAGUUUCUAAACGAGGCAAUGAAGAAGGUCCACGAGGUUCGAUUCGUGGAAUUCGAUGAGAGCAAGUAUAUGGACAAUGAAAUCAGCCAAGAAUCACAAUCGCAGGAUAGGACCAUGGACCAGGAAGCUACAGAAGCUGGGGAGGAUGCCGGAGAAGCAGCGGAUGGGAACCCGACCGACCAAGACACUGCAGAUUCGGAGGAAGAGCUCCAAGGAGACACAAUCGUUGUCAAUACAGGGGAGGCGGAUAUAACCUCUGCUGAAAGGAGUCUGCCGAAAACAAGAUCCCAGAUUCGACGAGAGGCCGUGGCACUCAAAAGAGCAGAGAAGCAGCGAGCAGAGCUGGAAUGGCGGCAAAGAGAAGAACAGCGCAUGGCAGAACGUCUGAAGAAGCGAGGAGAGUGGCAGGAAGGAAAGAGCCAUGGUAGCAAGGACGCUUCUCCAGCCUAA